AUGUCGACCGCCGAGCUCGCUUCUUCCUACGCGGCCCUCAUCCUCGCCGAUGAUGGUGUCGAGAUCACUGCCGACAAGCUCCAGACCCUGAUCAAGGCUGCCAAGAUCGAAGACGUUGAGCCCAUCUGGACCUCUCUGUUCGCCAAGGCUCUUGAGGGCAAGGACGUCAAGGACCUGCUCUCCAACGUCGGCUCCGGUGGUGGCGCUGCUGCCCCCGCUGCCGGUGGUGCUGCCGCUGCCGGUGGUGCCGCUGAGGCUGCCGCUGAGGAGGCACCGAAGGAGGAGGACAAGGAGGAGUCCGACGACGACAUGGGAUUCGGUCUCUUCGACUAA